CACUUCCGUACACUUCCGGGCCGGAGGUCACAGUACACACGUGAGAAAUAAAGAAAACAGGCAGACUGGAAGCGGAUUGCAGGCGGGUUAUAUGCAGGAGGACGUCUAGCUCACUUCCCAAUCCCCGUGCUUAACCGGAGGGGGGUGAUUUCAGGAACCAAUACCCCUCUACAUAAUUCUUUUACAGGAUGGACAGGAAGGAUAAGGAACAAAAGCGACAUCAGCAAAAGCACAGCGGACCGAAGGCUGAAAAGAAGAAGCUCAAAAAGCAGGGAGGCUCAACAGAGGAGGAUGAACGCAAAUGCAACCCCAAAGCAUAUGCGGUUCAGUCUGCUGUCCGCAUGGCAAGGACCUUCCACAGGGCCCAGGACAUAAAGACCAAAAAACAUCACAUUCCCCUUGUGGACCGGACUCCCUUGGAACCCCCUCCAGUUGUGAUUGUAGUUGUUGGUCCCCCUAAGGUGGGAAAAAGCACCCUUAUCCGCUGCCUGAUCAAAAACUUCACCCGGCAGAAGCUAGGGGACAUAUGUGGACCUGUGACCAUUGUUUCUGGAAAGAAGCGGCGCCUCACUUUCAUGGAGUGUAAUAAUGACAUAAACACUAUGAUUGACCUUGCAAAAGUAGCUGACCUGGUUUUGAUGUUGAUUGAUGCCAGCUUUGGCUUUGAGAUGGAGACUUUUGAGUUUCUCAACAUCUGUCAGGUACACGGCUUUCCUCGUAUGAUGGGUGUGCUGACUCAUCUGGAUUCAUUCAAGAACAACAAAACACUGAGGAAGACAAAGAAGAACCUGAAACAUCGCUUCUGGACAGAGGUCUACCAGGGGGCCAAGCUGUUCUAUCUGUCUGGUAUGGUGUAUGGGGAAUAUCAGACUCAGGAAGUGAAGAACCUGGGCCGCUUCAUAUCUGUAAUGAAGUUUCGUCCUCUGGUGUGGCAGACCUCCCAUCCCUAUGUGUUGGUUGACCGUAUGGAGGACUUAACUGACCCUGAGAGGGUAAGAACUGACCCCAAGUGUGACCGGACUGUGUCACUCUACGGCUACCUGAGAGGGACAUACUUGAAAAACAAAGGCCAGGUCCAUAUCCCAGGUGUAGGAGACUUUCAGGUGGCAGACUUAAACUUCUUGCCUGACCCGUGUCCUCUGCCGGACGCUCAGAAGAAGAGAGCGCUGAACGAGAAGGAACGCCUGCUGUACGCACCAAUGGCCGGGGUUGGGGGAGUCGUGUACGACAAAGAUGCUGUGUAUAUCGACCUUCCUGCCACCCAUGUCAAUCAGCAGCAGGAGGAGGUGCAGCCCACCACAGAGCUGGUCCAGUCCCUCAUCGACGCACAUGCCACCCUGGAUGCAAAGAUGGCUGCCAGUAAAGUCUCUCUGUUCAGUGGAUCUGCCAUCCUGGACCCCAAAUACAUUGACCAGCAGAGAGGAGAGAACGAGGGUCCUCAUAAGAAGUGGGUCUUGGAUCCCAGCACCCAGAGCGAGAGGAGGAGGGUGGUCUUCACUGAUGACGAGGAGGAAAAUUAUGUCAGCAGUUCCAGUGAUGAUGAGGAUAGCGACAGUGAGGAAAGUGACCAGGUGGAGCAGGAGGAGGAGGGAGAGGAUGAAGAUGAGGAUAACCUUUCCACAUUUCUCAAAGAGGCGAGAGCCAAAUCUGAAAGGACACAAAGUAAUGUAAUAGGCAGCACCCCACCAGUGAAAAAACAGAAACUAGAGGAGAAGAAAGGAGAGAGAGAAAUGAUUGCUGAGGUGCCGGUGUUUGCUGACAGUGAAGAUGACCUGGAGAUGAGUGAGGGGGAGAGUGAAGAAAAGGGGGAGGCUGGGAGAGCAGGAGACUCAGGACACUGUUCUGAGGAGAACGAGGAAGAGAGUGAUGAUGAAGAAGAUGAUGAUGACGAAGAAGCGUCCAACGAUGAAUCAGUGGAAGAGGAGGAUGGUGCAGCUGAAGAUGCAGUUAAGGAACAAACAGCGAGUGAGAGUGAACGGGAGGAAGAGCAGGGGGCUCUGAGGUGGAAGGAGGGUCUGCAGCAGAAAGCAUCAGAAGCAUUUCUACGGCAACAAGAAGCUGCCCCCAAUCUGAGAAAACUGGUUUACGGUUCAGUUGUAGAGGCAGAUGAUUCUGAGGAUGAGGAGGAGGAGUUGGGGGGGCUAUUUCGAGUCAGUCGCCCUCAGAAGAGCAGAACGUUCAAGGCGAAUGCUAUGGACUGCUCCCGUUUCCACCCUGACAUCUCCCACAACUGGGACUUGGAGGAGAUGUUAAACUCUAUUAGGGACUGCUUUGUAACAGGGAGGUGGGAGGAAGGCCAUGAUGCAGCCACACUACUGAAGGAAGAUGAGGAGCUGUAUGGCGACUUUGAGGAUUUGGAAACGGGAGAAGUCCACAAGGGCCAAACUGGGCAGCAGGAUUGGGCUGAGAAAAGUGAGGAGGAUAAUGAUGAAGUUGAGGAGAGUCUUGUGAAGGUGGAUGAUAAUGAAUUCCAGAAGAACAAGCGUCUGGAGAAGAAACGUAGACUGAAGGAGCGAUUUGAUGCCGAAUAUGACGAUGGAGAUGCUACUUACUUUGAUGACCUGAAGGAGGAGAUGCAGAAGCAGGCUGAGCUAAACAGGGUAGAGUUUGAGGAUGUUGACGACGAGACCAGAGUGCAGUAUGAAGGCUUCCGGCCAGGAAUGUAUGUGAGAUUAGAAAUCUCCUCUCUCCCCUGUGAAUUUGUCACCAACUUCGAUCCCCAUUACCCCAUCAUCCUCGGAGGUCUGGGCUCCAGUGAAGGCAAAAUAGGUUAUCUGCAGAUGCGACUAAAGAAACACCGCUGGUAUGAGCGCAUCCUGAAGACACGGGAUCCCCUCAUCUUGUCCUUAGGCUGGAGGCGCUUCCAGACCAUCCCCCUCUACCACAUCGAGGAUCACAAUGGACGCCACCGCCUGCUCAAAUACACACCGGAGCACAUGCACUGUGGUGGCUCCAUUUGGGGUCCCAUCACACCACAGGGCACCGGUUUUCUGGCUGUGCAGUCAGUAGCAGGAAGUAAAGCUAAUUUCCGUAUUGCAGCCACAGGAGUGAUCCUGGAUCUGGAUAAAUCAGUGACUAUAGUGAAGAAGCUGAAACUCAUCGGUUACCCAUACAAGAUCUUUAAGAACACAUGCUUCAUUAAGGGCAUGUUCAGCACAGUGCUGGAGGUAGCUAAAUUUGAAGGUGCUUCUGUACGAACAGUGUCAGGGGUCAGAGGUCAGAUCAAGAAGGCAUUGUCUACACCACCAGGCGCUUACAGAGCCACAUUUGAGGACCGCCUGCUCAUGAGUGACAUCGUUUUCCUGCGUUCCUGGUAUCCAGUGUCUGUUCCUCAGCUCUACAACCCUGUCACCUCUUUGCUGCUGCCUGUUGGUCAGAAGGACAGCUGGGCGGGCAUGAGGACCCUGGGGCAGCUCAAACAUGACCUAGGCAUCCGCAACAAACCUGACACUGACUGUUUGUACAAGGUGGUAGUCCGAGCCCAAAGGCACUUCAACCCCCUCCACAUCCCCAAGGAGCUCCACAAGGCCCUGCCCUUCAAGAGCAAACCCAAACAGCAGCAACCUAAAGGAAAGAUACCCCGAGACCUGCAGCGUCCCACCGUGAUCAGAGAGCCCCAUGAGAGGAAGGUGGCGGCCCUGCUACACGCUCUGAGUACAGUUCACAACUACAAGAGGAAGAAAGCACACAUGGUGCAGCAUGCUAAACACAAGGAGUUCAUACAGCAGAAGGAGAAACAGGAGGAGGCCAGACUGAAAAGACAGAAGGAGGCUCGUAAAAAACUGUACCGCGUUAUGGGCCAGAUGGACCAGAAGAAGCACAGGUCCAGCCUGAAAGGGGCCCAACAGGAUGACUGA